AACUAAAAACUUGACCUGUAAGAGUUAACAAGCCCUAUCAAAAUCCCUAAUUAAAGUAACUUGAAACAACCCCUCCCAAAAAAAAAAUAUCGACCAAGAUUCAAGCUUGAUCCCAAAUUUGACCACCCAAAUGGCCCAAAAUCAAAGACCCAAAACCCUCCUUGAUUCAUUAGGGGAAGAAAUUAUCAGAAUCCUAGUGCCUGUUUCAAUCUGCAUGUUUUUAGUUGUACUUUUGGUCUCAAUUCUUGACUCAAAUUCUUCAGCUUCAGUAACAUCAAUUGCAGCCAUGGCUUACUCAGAAACCAGCUCAGAUUCGUCAUGGGACAAAUUCCUAGGUGCCCUUUUGAAUUCUUUAGCUUUUGUAGCUGUUGUCACCGUUGUUACCUUCAUUUUGGUGCUCCUUUUUUACCUUAGAUGCACUAAGUUCUUGAAAAUAUACAUGGCUUUUUCUUCUUUUGUUGUUUUGGGAUUUAUGGGCGGUGAAAUUGCCUUGUUUUUGAUUGAAAAUUUUAGUGUUCCUAUUGAUUGUAUUACCUUUUUGGUGUUGCUGUUUAAUUUUGCCGUUGUUGGUGUUUUGGCUGUGUUUAUGUCCAAAAUGGCAAUUCUUGUGACUCAAGGGUACUUGAUUUUGAUUGGAAUGUUGGUUGCUUAUUGGUUUACACUUUUGCCUGAAUGGACUACUUGGGUGUUAUUGGUUGCUAUGGCAUUGUAUGAUCUUGCCGCGGUCUUGUUGCCUGUUGGACCUUUAAGGCUUCUUGUAGAACUUGCUAUGUCUAGGGAUGAAGAUAUCCCGGCUUUGGUUUAUGAGGCUAGGCCGGUUAUUCAUCAUGAUUCUGGUUUGGGGGAUAAUACGGUUCAAAGGAGGGUUUGGAGAGCAAGGAGCAAUUUUAGGCAAGAUUCAGAGGAUAAUUCAAAUUUGAAUGGUAAUGUUGUUUCUGAUUCGAACUCUACUGUUGGCACCGUUCAAAGCAGUCAUAAUGGCACAAGAAUUGCUAGAGUGGAGGAGGAGCAGGUUUCAGAAAGGGAUGCUGAGCUUUCUGCACCAUUAAUUGAUCAUGGAAGGAAUGCUCAAGAUGGUAUGUCAGCUGAAAGAUUGAUGCUAGAGGGUAUGGGGUUGGGUUCAUCUGGUGCUAUCAAGCUUGGAUUGGGGGACUUUAUCUUCUACAGUGUGUUAGUUGGUAGGGCAGCAAUGUAUGAUUUUAUGACAGUGUAUGCAUGUUAUCUUGCUAUUGUAGCCGGUCUGGGCAUUACAUUGAUGCUAUUGGCAUUUUAUCAGAAAGCUCUACCUGCUCUUCCUGUGUCAAUAGCACUAGGUGUGUUGUUUUAUUUCUUAACAAGGUUCCUACUGGAUGUUUUCAUUGUACAAUGUUCUCUGAAUCUUGUGAUGUUUUAAAUGUAAUAAUUUCAUGCUUAUGUCAUAGAAUAUCGUUCACUAAAUUCAUGAUCAAUUCUUAUAUUCAUUAUUUUGUGAUCAAGUU